CAGUCUUCAGCAUCUUCAUCUCAGUCUUCAACAUCUUCAUCUCAGUCUUCAACAUCUUCAUCUCAGUCUUCAACAUCUUCACCUCAGUCUUCAACAUCUUCAUCUCAGUCUUCAACAUCCUCAUCUCAGUCUUCAGCAUCUUCAUCUCAGUCUUCAGCAUCUUCAUCUCAGUCUUCAACAUCUUCAUCUCAGUCUUCAACAUCCUCAUCUCAGUCUUCAGCAUCUUCAUCUCAGUCUUCAGCAUCUUCAUCUCAGUCUUCAACAUCCUCAUCUCAGUCUUCAGCAUCUUCAUCUCAGUCUUCAGCAUCUUCAUCUCAGUCUUCAGCAUCUUCAUCUCAGUCUUCAACAUCCUCAUCUCAGUCUUCAGCAUCUUCAUCUCAGUCUUCAGCAUCUUCAUCUCAGUCUUCAGCAUCUUCAUCUCAGUCUUCAGCAUCUUCAUCUCAGUCUUCAACAUCUUCAUCUCAGUCUUCAACAUCUUCAUCUCAGUCUUCAACAUCUUCAUCUCAGUCUUCAACAUCUUCAUCUCAGUCUUCAACAUCCUCAUCUCAGUCUUCAGCAUCUUCAUCUCAGUCUUCAGCAUCUUCAUCUCAGUCUUCAGCAUCUUCACCUCAGUCUUCAACAUCUUCAUCUCAGUCUUCAACAUCUUCAUCUCAGUCUUCAGCAUCUUCAUCUCAGUCUUCAGCAUCUUCAUCUCAGUCUUCAGCAUCUUCAUCUCAGUCUUCAAGAGGCUCUUCAUCUUUCAAGUCGUCAGAGUCUUUAUAUUCUUCCCUCAACCCUCAAAACAUUAAAUAA